CUUUGCCCUAAUUCACGAAUCGUUUGGUGUUCUUCUUCUUCAUCGAAUCGUCAUGGCUUCAGAUGCUGAUAUGGAGGACUAUGGAUUCGAGUAUUCUGAUGAGGACCAAGAGGAACAAGAUGUUGACAUUGAGAACCAGUAUUACAACUCUAAAGGUAUGGUUGAGACUGAACCUGAAGAUGCACUUUCUGGGUUUGCUGAGGUUGUUCAGAUGGAACCAGACAAAGCUGACUGGGGUUUCAAAGCUCUUAAGCAGACUGUGAAGAUCUAUUAUCGUCUAGGUAAAUACAAAGAAAUGAUGGAAGCCUAUAGAGAGAUGCUUACAUAUAUCAAGUCAGCAGUGACCAGGAAUUACAGCGAAAAAUGUAUAAACAAUAUUAUGGAUUUCGUCUCUGGAUCUGCUAGCCAGAAUACUGGCCUGCUGCAAGAGUUUUAUCAGACCACUUUGAAAGCCCUUGAAGAGGCUAAGAAUGAGAGACUCUGGUUCAAGACGAAUCUUAAACUCUGCAACAUCUGGUUUGACAUUGGUGAAUACAGACGUAUGACCAAGAUUCUUAAGGAACUCCAUAAAUCUUGUCAAAAGGAAGAUGGAACUGAUGAUCAGAAGAAAGGAAGUCAGCUGCUUGAGGUUUAUGCAAUUGAAAUUCAGAUUUACACUGAAACGAAGGACAAUAAAAAGCUUAAGCAACUAUACCAUAAGGCACUUUCCAUCAAAUCUGCCAUACCUCAUCCUAGGAUCAUGGGUAUAAUCCGCGAGUGUGGUGGAAAAAUGCACAUGGCAGAACGUCAGUGGGCAGAAGCAGCGACAGACUUCUUUGAGGCUUUUAAAAAUUACGAUGAAGCUGGCAACCAAAGACGUAUACAGUGCCUGAAAUAUCUUGUUCUCGCGAAUAUGCUGAUGGAGUCGGAAGUGAAUCCAUUUGAUGGCCAAGAGGCAAAGCCGUACAAAAACGACCCUGAGAUCUUGGCAAUGACAAAUUUGAUCGCAGCAUAUCAACGAAAUGAGAUCAUAGAGUUUGAGAGAAUUCUAAAGAGUAACCGGAGGACGAUAAUGGAUGAUCCAUUCAUCAGAAACUACAUGGAAGAUCUGCUGAGGAAAGUGAGAACACAAGUGUUGCUGAAGCUGAUAAAGCCAUACACAAAGAUAGGGAUUCCGUUCAUAUCAAAGGAACUGAACGUACCAGAGAAGGAUGUGACGGAGUUGCUAGUGUCGCUGAUACUCGACAGUCGAAUCGACGGUCACAUUGACGAAAUGAACCGUUACUUGCUGAGAGGUGACAGUGGCAAUGGAAGGAAGCUGCAUAAGGCGGUUGAUAAAUGGAACACACAGCUCAAGUCUCUAUCUUCUAAUAUCACCAGCCGCGUCUGUUAAUUUCUCAACCUCAUCUUUUCGAUAGAUUGUGUUUUGGCGUUGAUUCUCUGUGGAUUAUCUGUUUCUCUCUUCACAUAACUGGAUUUUUGAUGGAGUUGAUAAACCACUUCAAUGCCA